AUGUGUGUGCUAAAGGUGGCGGAAAAAGACCAACGUGCCGCGAGGCAUAGCAAUAUUGGGACAGAGCAUAGCAUUGAAGAAUGGCUCUAUGAGCCCCUUGUUUUUUCACAACAGCUGCAGCAGCAACAACGACAACGCGGGGGCGGCAGCGGUGGUGGAGGAGGAGGGAGUGAAAUAUUAGCUUCCGCCGGGUCGUCAAUGCUGCUGCGGUUGGAUAGGGAGAGAGAGAUGUCUGCCAUGGUAUCGGCUUUGGCGCAUGUGGUGGCUGGGGAUGAGGAGCUGGCAGCUGCAGAGAGUAGUUUGGUAAUUAAUAGACAGAGUGAAGAUGUUGGUGGUGGUUUGAUUUCAUCAAGCGUAGGUGGUUCGGAUUCUGGGACGAAGAGAGGACGAGAAGAAGAGGAAGGUGGUGGUAGCCAGUCGGUUACCAGGCUUUCUAGAGCUUUUGGUGAAUUUCCACAGCAGAGCUCUUCCCCUGUUUUAGCAGUCCAUAAGACAAAUAAUAAUAGAGUGAUGAAUUAUCUCUCUUGGCCUCUAAGGCUGCAAGGCACAACACCACCAACACAAACAGCAUUCCCUCCAAGCACAUUUGUAUAUAGCGCUACCCAAAUAGCAGAACCAAUAAGAAGAAGAUACAGAGGAGUAAGGCAGAGGCCAUGGGGCAAAUGGGCAGCUGAAAUCAGAGACCCCUUCAAGGCUGCAAGAGUUUGGCUAGGCACAUUUGAAACAGCAGAGGCCGCUGCCCAAGCCUACGACGAAGCCGCCCUCCGGUUCAGGGGCAACAAGGCCAAGCUCAACUUCCCUGAAAACGUCCGGCUCCGAACACCGAUUGCCGAUUCUCCGUCGACCCAACUGACCAGUUCUGCUCCUCCCAAUACCCUUUUGUCCGUUGCAACAUCCACCGAGCCUAUUGUCCACUAUCAAGCAUUCCAAUCCAUGCAGCAUUCUUCUCAUGAGGCUUCAAGAAACCUUCUAAGCUACUGUAAGCCGGUUGAUGUGCAGAGGCAGCAACCUAUGAGCCUUUAUGAUCAGAUGCUUCUGUCAUCCUCUGCAACUCCAUCUGUUUCCUCAUCUUCUUCUUCUCCACUUGCCUCCUCUGUUUCUUCAUCUUCUUCUUCGCCACCACCACCUGCUUUCUCUUCACUUUUUUGGACUCAGUCUUCGCUUCCCCUAAGACCGGCCACAAGUGAUCAGAAUAGUACAGCUGCUGAUUUUCAAUCGCAGCAAUGGUCCAGCUCUAGUCAUUAUAGUGCCCCCUUCUCAAGAUGA